AGAACAUGACUGACAAGCAGAAAGUCAUCGUCGCUUUGACAUCUGCGUCCGAGACAUGCACAGCUGCACUCUCCGCACUCGCUUCCCGAAAUCAGCUCGAUAAAUUAGAGCCUCAAACCUCCGAUCUCGCUAUGAUCCUAAAAGACCUAGACGCUCUCCUUUCUCUGAUAUACAAUUCCAGCACUAAACUUUCUCUUGCGCUCAAACCAUCAUCCCCUACAUACUCCGCUUCUCUACCCGUGAUCGCGGAUCUAAUGAAAUAUACGUCUGGCAUCGCACAUUGCAUCCAUCUUUUGAAUCCUGACUUACAUGGGACGACGCUUAUCAAGGAGGUGCAACAUGAAGUGACAGCUAUUUUGGAGGCUUUGCGUGCAGUCGUGCAAACAUUUUUGAACCUCGCUGCGCGUGGCCCGUCGAUAGCAAGGAGUGAAUCCGCAGGAGAAGAGUAUCUUGUUCGGACAGGCACUCUUCACGAUCUCAUAACUCAAGCGCGUGGAACUAACGGAAUACCAAAGGAUACAAUUUCUGCCAUCUGUCGAAGAUGGAAGCAGGACCGAGAGGCUCUCGAAGACAGUCUUCGGGAACUGUCUGAAAUGAUAGAUGGAGCGGAAGGGAGUGACAGCGAUGAUGUCGAUGGCGAUGAUAUCGACGACGGUUGGGAUGAGCUCGGUUUGGGUGAUGCAGGAGAGAAGAUGGACAAGGACGAGUUGGCGCGCACAAAAAAUGUUCACUCCGUGCUGAGGCUAACCACACUAUUGCACAAACGUAUAUUCCAGGAUCUGCUUUCGUCUGCACCGACCCCACCACCUCCGAGCUUUGCUCUAGAUGCUCUGCUUUUGCAGUCCCACGCACUCCUUGCUGCGUCCGACGAAUUGGUCUCCUCGUUAUAUAUUCCUCAGAACCCCGCCACGAUCAGGAAGGAAUCGUUAGCCCUGCUCGAUAUAAUUAACGGACUCCAGUUACAGCUACGAAUAUUCUUCCCCGAUACGUCCUCUCUAGAACAACAGCUCUCUGGGCUCAGCAUCGAGGGAGAUAAGUCAGCAUCGACACCAAACAAACCCACAGCAGACAAAAGGUGGUUUGAUCUUUGUUUCGACCAGGUAACAAAGGUAUCCGCCAACCUCGUGUCUCCUAUGUACAAGUCACCCCUAGGGGUCAGCCAGAAACAGAGAUGAAAGACGCUCCAGAAGUGUUCGUUGUGCAAGUAAUAGAAUACAGG